UACAUUUGUAAUAUUCCUGGGUGGAAAGUGAAAAAAUAUGGCGAAGGUUUACGUGUAAAGACGAUCGUCAACACAGUUGACAGAAAGUAAUGAAAUUGGCUAAUGUCAAACGUAAAGACGUUAUGUAUGAAAAAUGUUCCCUUUAGUUAGUACCGUUUUGGCACAAUUCGUGUGAUCGCAUACAACGUUUUAUACGAGUGUUUAAUUGCGUGAUAAAACGAAAGAACAAACGGCGAACCAUAAGAUCCAGUGGUUGCGAAACGUCACAAAUCACAACACGGAACGAGCCACUUUAAGGUAUACAAAAUGAGUCAAGUAGAAAUGGAUCAAGAAACAGUGUAUGGGACACAUGAGGAUAGCCAUGUGGUCAUGUCAGAGAAAGUACAAUCUCUGGCUGGUAGUAUUUAUCAAGAAUUUGAAAAAAUGAUAGCCCGUUAUGAUGAAGAUGUGGUUAAAGAUCUAAUGCCCCUGCUAGUCAAUGUUCUAGAAUGCCUAGACAUAUCUUAUACAGAAAAUCAAGAACGCGAAGUUGAAUUAGAAUUAUUAAGGGAAGAUAAUGAACAACUUGUGACCCAAUAUGAAAGGGAAAAACAAUUAAGAAAAGCAUCUGAUCAGAAAUUAUUUGAGCUUGAAGAUGUUGCAGAAGAUGAAAGAAAAGAACUUGUAUCAAAGAUUGAUAGCUUGGAGUCAAUUGUAAGGAUGCUGGAACUGAAGACAAAGAAUUCACAUGAUCACGUUGUCCGUCUUGAAGAGAAAGAAGCAGAAAUGAAACGUGAAUAUACUCGUCUGCAUGAGAGGUACACAGAGUUAUUUAAAACACACGUAGAUUAUAUGGAAAGAACAAAGAUGUUAGUUGGAAGUACAGAAAGAUUAGAAAAUGCAACUAGCGGUCGUGGUCCAUCUCGUUUGCCAUCCCUUGGUCUAGCUCAUAUGUCUCGAAGUUCUGGGCCAUUAAGUUAUGGUUUUCAGAGCUUAGAAGCUAGUAUAAACGCGGAAGAUGUUCAAGAUGACAUUCCGCCAAAUGCUGCUAAUUUAAGAACAGAAAUGUUGGACAAUAGUAGUGAAGCUGCUAUUGAAACAUCUGAUAAAAGUCAAUUAACGGAUAAACCAGCGAAAGCAAAUAAAACAACAGCAAUUUCUAGACACGAAAGUCCUGAAACCGAAGCACCUCCACUAUUGGUUACACCAACGUCACCAACGGUAGAAAAAUUAGCUACUACUCCAAGUGGAAGGAGUAGAACUGAAAGAGAGCAACGAAGUGGCAAUACAUUGUAUCAGGAACUCAGUUUUCAAGAUGCUGAUGCAUUGGGUGAAAUGGACGAAGGGGCGGACAUUACUGGCAGUUGGGUUCAUCCUGGAGAAUAUGCAUCGUCGGUUAAUGACAACUUCUUUGGAAUGGGAAAAGAGGUAGAAAAUCUUAUUAUGGAAAACAAUGAGCUUCUAGCCACGAAGAAUGCGCUCAAUAUCGUUAAAGAUGAUCUAAUCGUCAAAGUAGACGAACUAACAAGCGAGCAAGAAAUAUUGCGUGAAGAAGUUCGGGGCUUACAACAAGCUAGAGAACGUUUAAAGCAAAGGGUCGCAGCCCUUGAAGAAGAAUUAAAGAAAGUUAAAGAAGAAGCUGAAGCAGCAGCCAAAGCGGCCAAGAGCGACGACGAAGAAGAUGUACCAUUGGCGCAAAGGAAAAGAUUUACUAGAGUAGAGAUGGCUAGAGUACUCAUGGAGAGAAAUCAAUAUAAAGAACGAUUUAUGGAACUUCAAGAAGCUGUAAGAUGGACAGAAAUGAUAAGAGCCAGCAAAACAGAUCCUUCUAGUAUAUCAGGGGGAAAAGGUUCGGUGUGGAAGUUUUUUAGUAGUCUUUUUACAGGACCCGCGGAUCGGGGGACCUUGGUUCGCGGAGCGCACACGUUACCUCAUAUUAGGUAUAGUGCACCAACAAAUCAAGUUGUCCCGGCAUCAUCCUUGGACGCCAUGCGAAGACGUACGUUGAAAGGUCGCCAUGAGAUUUUCGACCAGGGAGACACCAUAGCUUCUGAAAAACUAGUUGCCAGGAGGGCAAAUGAACGUAGAGAACAAUAUCGACAGGUUCGUGCCCAUGUUAGAAAAGAAGAUGGACGAUUACAAGCCUAUGGUUGGAGUUUACCAGGUAAACCGAGUGCUCCUGUUAGGCAACCAGUUCCUGUGCCAGUCUAUUGUAGGCCUUUACAAGAAUCAGAACCAGGAAUGAAGAUAUGGUGUGGCGCUGGUGUAAAUUUAAGCGGUGGUAAAACACGAGACGGUGGUUGUAUGAUCGGGGGAAGUGUGUUUUACGCGGCCGAAGCACAAGAAGUAAGUAGUAAUACGAAAGUUGAAGCUGAGGAUGCUGUUGAACAUUUGGAUAAGGAGAUUCAGGAGAACGAGAAUCAAAGGGUAGAGGCAGAACAAUUAGAACAACAACUUAGCUCAUUGGUGUGGAUCUGCACUUCGACGCAGAAGAUGUCGAAAGUUACUGUGAUAGAUGCUAAUAAUCCAGCCGGUGUUUUGGAAGUAUUCAACGUUUGCCAAGGACAUUUACUAUGCAUUGCAAGUGUACCUGGAGCCAAAGAAAGUGAUUACAUUCAAGGUGUAAAUGAAGAACCAGUUCAAACUACUAACGGAGUAAACGACAACGAUGGCCACGAGGAGAAUGCAAAUGUCGAACAGAUCAAUCAGAAGAAUAAACAAGAAACUCAAGCUCCAUCGGAUAAGAGUAAAAAUGAAUCCGACAGUGUUUCAGAAGAACAGAAUAACGAGAGCACCGAGUCGGACAAUACCAAUCAAAACAUUACUACCGAGCCGCAAAGUUUGGAAAGCGUAGAUAGUGAAACGAUGAAUCUAGGAAAAGUAUACUUUGUAAAAGUUAAUCUGGAAUCACCACCGUCGCGAUUAAAUGAGAAAGAUGAUACAAACGAAGAGAACCAAAACGAUGAAGUUGAAGAGGGUACACCUAUAGAAAAGAUGUCUUCGAUACAACCUACUAUGUGGCUAGGAGCUCAAAAUGGUGCGGUGUUUGUUCAUUCGGCUGUCGCUAAGUGGUCAGUUUGCUUGCAUUCUGUAAAAUUGAAAGAUGCUGCUUUGGCGAUUGUACACGUACAAGGGCGAGUUCUUGUAGCUCUUGCUGACGGAACUGUCGCAUUAUUUCGAAGAGGUGCAGACGGACAAUGGGAUUUGUCUCAAUAUCAUGUGAUUACUUUGGGUAGUCCACAACAUUCAAUUAGGUGCAUGGCUGCUGUUAGCGGUAGAACUGUAUGGUGCGGAUAUAGAAAUAAGAUUCACGUAAUAGAUCCAGUUUUAAUGACGGUCGAGUGUACCGUAGAUGCUCAUCCCCGUCGAGAAUCACAAGUGAGACAAUUAGCUUGGUUAGGCGAAGGAGUAUGGGUCAGUAUUAGAUUAGACUCAACGCUUAGACUCUACCAUGCCCAUACGUACCAACAUCUUCAAGACGUCGAUAUAGAGCCUUACGUUAGCAAAAUGCUCGGAACUGGAAAACUUGGCUUUUCUUUUGUAAGAAUUACCGCCUUACUCAUUUCAUCGAAUAGAUUGUGGAUUGGUACAGGAAACGGAGUAAUAAUUUCAGUUCCCUUGGCCGAAGAUGUAUAUGUCGUAGGUGCUGGAGGUUCAAUGGCAGUGUCCAGAGUUCAAGCAGCAAGUGGAAAAACUGAAGCGCCAGGAGUCGGUGUCCGAAUUUUUGCAUCAGACCGUAGUGUUACACGUGGAAGUUUUAUACCUUACUGCAGCAUGGCUCAUGCUCAACUUAGUUUUCAUGGACAUAGAGAUGCGGUGAAGAUGUUCGUUGCAGUGCCUGGUCAUGGCGGCCAAAGUGCAGUGUCUGAUGGUUCUCAACCAGCCAUGCUUGUUCUAUCCGGAGGCGAAGGGUACAUAGAUUUUAGAGUUGGUGAUGGAGAAGACACGGAAGAAAGCAUGGAGAGAUCUAACAGUGCCGUGGCUGCGAACGCUGAAGAACACGGGGAACAAAGUCAUUUAAUCGUGUGGCAAGUGCAAUGCCCUUUACCAGUGCCAAUGAAUGGCUAGCCUAGACAUUUUGGGAACUCGCUGAUCCCGGUCUAUGGUCCAGCUUAAACUUCACCUACGCGUGAACCAGGCGUUUGGCGUGGUUUCCAUUUUAUGCUGUCGAGGCACCGAUAAAUCACCACUUAUCUGGUCAAACGAAUGCUCUAUCUAUUUAAUUAUACUUAUAAUAAAGAUUGUAGCACGGUACGCUAACGAUUCUACGAAUAAUGUAACAGAGACAGAGGAAAUGUUGUACGACUCUUAAUCAAUUUAAGGAUCAUUUUCGGUAUUUCUUUAUGGAUAAAUAUCGGUCGUAAAACUUCGCCAAAUGUAAUUAAUUCGUUAGGUGUUCAGUGCUCAUUGGGGAAUAUUUUUUUUUUUUAUUUUAAACUAAAAGACGAUUAGAAUCUCUUAACUCGAUGCUUAUAAUCUUUAGCUUGAAACUUCUAAAACGGUCCAUCAGAGUACUCUUUACUAGCAUCAUUCAUUUCUUUCGAAGAUUAUGCAUGACUCGAACGAUAGUAAAACGAGAACGUUUAUUUUCAAGUUACGUAUUGUAAUUUCGUACGUAGGAAAGCUUUUUUUUUAAAACGUCUAGAAACUGAAGAAAUAGUGUUGUAUCUCCGCCAAUCAAUGUGAUAAUCGAUACAGACAUGAGACAAUGAGUUUUCGAAGCUGCCGUGACAUUUGCUACCUAGUUGCAAUAAGAUCGUGAUUACCGUCAAUGAUACAGGAACAUGUUCAUUUGCAGGGUGCAACCAAGUCGGGUAGUAAUUAGAAAUAAUUUAUUGUACAUUAUUUGUUUAGAUAAUAUAUAGUUUUUCAAAUAUAAAUGAUUUGAAUCGCGUAAAAAAAAAAUUUUAUGUAUACAUAUUAUAUAUAUAUAUAUAUAUAUUAUAUAUAUAGAGUGUAAUAUAUUAUUUUAUAUGUUCUGCUAUAUACUUAGCGUGCGGUUUUAUCGCACAUGCUUUUUCCAGAAUUGUCUUGUAGAACAAUGAACUUAUGUACAUAAUCGUGAGAUGUUUAUAGCUCGUUGCGUAGAUUUUUAACUUAUGUUUCCGUCGACGAACGAAGUAGUAAUAAUUCUGAUCAUGGCACACACACACAUACACCAAGUACGUUCAAUUUCUCGUCGAUCACUACGAACUUUAUUUUUUACCGCCAACAAUCUCUUCCCUAAUUACCAAAGAUGAGGUACGACUUCUUGUAUUCUUUGUACAAUCCCUAGGAAGAAUGGUUUCGUGUUGCGCGUUCUACGCCGAUAUGUAGCGACCAGAAGAAAUUUAGAACAAGAAUAAUAGCAACAAAUCUCUUGCAAAUCGAGCACUUUUAAAGGAGUCGCUGUCAUUCGGGCUUGCGUGAUUUUUGUAAAUUCCUAUGUUAAGUAACGAAUGGUGAAAAUUCAGGAUGUGUACGUAUGAUGUAUAAGGGCUGCACAUUUAUUGUGUGCGAGCUCGCUUUCGGUGUCGAGCUCGGAAUUGUACCUGGCUCAGAUGAAGCUGCAGUGGCGUUAAUAAAGAAAGUUGCGAAACAGAAA